CAUGGCCACAAGCCCAGCUAGCAAAGAAGACCCUUGGAUAGAUACAAAGAUGUUUUUUUUAAGGGCCAAUUUGUUUACUUCAGUUACAUACUAUCAAAGUUAGAGAACGAAGGAACUUUUGUACUUUCUCUGGGGUGUGUGUGUGUGCCUGUCUCACACCACAAACACUGAAAGUACAAUCUUCUUGUGGUUACAAAAACUCUGAAAAACACACACACACACACACUUCUUAUGCCUAUGGCUGGUGAGCAAGGUGAUAGAUUCUCCUCCAUUACCAUACCCCUUCUCGAUGAUGAAAAAUUGCACCAAGUGAAUGGUUCAGAUGAGGCUUUGGUGGCCAAAACUUGUGAUCUACACACACCUCAUGUGGAUAACACCUCCUUUUUCAAGACCUGCUUCCACCUCAUUAAUGCCCUCUCAGGAGUUGGUAUUAUUUCCAUGCCUUAUGCACUGGCAUCUGGGGGAUGGUUAAGCAUAUCCCUACUAUUUGUGAUUGCCAUUGCUUGUUGUUACACUGGCAUUUUGGUCAAAAGAUGCAUGGAUAUGGACCCUGAUAUCAAGAAUUUUCCUGACAUAGGUCAACGUGCAUUUGGCGACAAGGGAAGGAUAAUUGUAUCAAUUGCUAUGAAUUCUGAGCUCUACCUAGUUGUAACAGGUUUUCUGAUUUUAGAGGGUGACAAUCUCGACAAACUAGUACCAAACAUGCAACUUGAACUUGCAGGGUUAACAAUUGGUGGUACAUCAAUUUUUACCAUGAUUGCUGCCCUUGUUAUUUUGCCUAGUGUUUUGUUGGAGGAUUUGAGCAUGCUAUCUUAUGUCUCUGCUAGUGGUGCAUUGGCUUCUUCCAUUUUCCUCCUUUCUAUAUUUUGGAAUGGAACCAUUGAUGGCACAGGAUUUCAUGCAAAGGGAACAAUUUUUAGAUUGAGUGGAAUACCUGCUGCUGUCAGUUUAUAUGCCUUCUGUUAUAGUGCUCAUCCUAUCCUUCCUACUCUCUAUAAUUCUAUGAGAGACAAAAGUCAGUUCUCCAAGGUGCUGUCUGCAUGCUUUACCGUAUGCACCCUUGGUUAUGCAGCAGCAGGUGUUUUGGGCUACUUAAUGUUUGGACAGGAGGUUGAAUCACAAGUGACUUUGAACCUCCCAACAGGCAAGUUCAGUUCACAUGUGGCAAUAUUCACUACCUUGGUCAAUCCUAUAACCAAAUAUGCAUUGAUGCUUACUCCAGUCAUAAAUGCUGUAAAAAACAAAGUUUCAUGGCAUUACAACAAAAGGUUCACACAUAUGUUUGUCAGUACUUCCAUGCUCAUUAGCACUCUUAUUGUAGCCGUGGCAAUUCCCUUGUUUGGAUAUCUCAUGUCACUCAUUGGGGCAUUACUAAGUGUCUCAACUUCAAUUUUAAUGCCAUCAGUGUGCUACUUGAAGAUUUCAGGAGCUUACAAGAGAUUUGGGUCUGAAAUGAUCAUCAAUUAUUCAAUAAUAAUAAUGGGGGUUACUAUUGCUGUUGUGGGUACUUAUACAUCUCUUGUAGAUAUAGUUCAUAAUUUGUAAGUGUUAGUGGAUUGGAUAGUGCAUUUGGAAGAAGCUGCUAUAACUGAAACUUUUGAACAUGCAUGUACUUAAAUGUGCAAAGAUAUGCUUCUGUCAAUACUUAGGCAGCCUGUAUCGACAUUUUGUGAGGCAUAACCUUUGUCGGAUAUAUCUUCUUGUCAUUUGAACAUUGUUACGAAUCCAUGGCUCAAAAAAAUGAUGAUCAAAUUGAUAAGAGAGAUAAAGAUCAUAUUGA